UGACAGUGAGAGUCAGAUGCAAGGAGCAAGGUGCAAAUUACUAGUAGUCAAAUUGUUUUCCUGAGCGAAGAAGAGCACUGAGCAGCUUGUGAACAGCUUUCAUUGUCAAGAGAUCUCCGCAAGCCUGAGCAUAUUUGGCUAUCAGCAGGUGCGCCAGCUUGAAGUCCUUCGAGCUGAGCCCAUUGAGCCCCGUUUUGCUGGGCCCUUGCUUGGCAGAUUAGGAAGGCGCUUUUGAGGAAUGGUUUCAUUGGGCAGCUUCAAGCAGCAGAGCAAUGCAUUUCAGCACUUGCCACUGACUGGUGUUGCUGGCUCCUGUGUCAGAACGCUGCCAAUUGUGAAGGUGCCCCCUUGUCAAAGAACACGUUAUGAAAGCAUCAGGCAGCAGUGUGUUAUGCUCAAUGCGAGAACCAGGUCCAAAUUUGCUGGAACAGGGGGUGCAUUGCAGAACCAUCACAAGCAAUGCCUCAUGGAGCAAAUCUCUGCACUGACGGCCCAUGUGCCGACCAGUCCAAAAAGCCAUGCACCUCUCAAUACUAGCAUCAGCACUCUGGUUGGCAUCAACCCAUUCACAUGCCAAAGUUUCAGCAGGCGAGCUAGCGAUAGAUCUGCGAGGCCAUCAAAACUCCUGCUUGGUAGAUGCUGUGAUCCAAGAACCCAGCGAGGAAGCAAUCUUCGCUGCAUGAUGGAUGAACCCAAAACCCAGCCCAACGAAGAGCCCACGCCUUCUUUGGUCGCCCGCUUCUUCAGAUUGUUUUCCAGGAAACAGCAGGCAGGCUCUCCAUCUCAAGAAAGCAGCCUUAAAAGUGAGCUUCGUGCUGGCCCUUUUGAGAUCCACCUCCGAGACGUCAGCAGAGUGUAUGGGAAGCGAGCUGUCGUGGAUGGGGUCAACCUGAACGUGAAGCAGGGCGAAGUGGUCGGGCUGCUAGGUCCGAACGGCGCGGGCAAGAGCACCACGUUCAACAUCACGGUGGGGCGGGAGCGCCCGUCUCAAGGCUGCGUGCUGCUGAAUGGGCGGGACAUCACCGCUCUGCCGCUGGCCGCACGAGCCAGGCUCGGAGUCGGCUACCUGACACAGGAGCCCAGCGUGUUCCGGGGCCUCUCAGUGCGCGACAACCUGCUGCUCAUCCUCCAAGAGACGGGCGUCCCCCGAGCGGAACACGCGGGGCGGACCGAGGAGCUCCUAGCGGAAUUCCGGCUGACGCACGUGCAGCACACGAAGGGGGCGGCUCUGUCGGGAGGAGAAAGACGGAGAACGGAGCUCGCGCGAGCGCUCGCGUCGAACUGCUCCGGAGGCCCGCCGAGGAUUCUGCUAGUGGACGAGCCUUUCGCAGGGGUGGACCCGAUCGGCGUGGCGGAAAUCCAGGCCCUGCUGCGGAAGCUAUGCGACGAGCUGCACAUGGGCAUCCUCAUCACCGACCACAACGUAACGGAGACGCUCAAGAUCUGCGAUCGUGCGUACAUGGUGUUUCAGGGGCAGGUAAUGGCGCAGGGGUCGCCGGAGGAGCUGGUCCGGAAUCCCUUCGUCCGGCAAUACUACCUUGGGGAAGGGUACAAGCGUCCGGAAUCGCAAAUGAGUGACGAGAGCUUCAUUGGUUUGAAACAGCCGCCCACAUCAUAACUUGAAGCUACUGAAGAAGGAUGACGUAGAGCACGCUUGCUUUCUUCUGUCCGUGAAGCGUCACGAUUUGGAACGAAGCGGCGGAGAUUGCUCAUAUUUCCACUAGUGCGAUCGUAGUCAGAAUUGCAGACAUGCAGAAGGACGCGAGCCUGCCGACGCGCAUGAGCCAUCGCUACAUGAGCCAGGCUCGUGUCGUGUUUGCUCCACCAGCUGUGCCGCGGAUUGUGGAAGGACCGGCCUCACUAUGAC